AUGCAGUACAAGAAGCUACUAACCCUCGCGCUCGCUCCGUCGAUCGUGUUCUUCCUCCUAUCCUUGGUUUCGGUGGCGUUGACAGUACAUUACUGGAUCAUCGGCGACUGGAUUAUGCCGAGAGCCGUGCAAGUUCCAACAACCAACUUCGAUGAGCGCACGCAACGAUACAAGACGGACGCUACCAUUGUCUGGUACACAGACAAGGACACCGAUGUGACCAUUGCCUCUGGAUGUCUGAAUCUGGUAGCUGGCAUAGUGUCGCUCAUGGCUUGGAGUUUGCUGCGAAAGCCAGGCAUGGACUCGCAGCAUGCGGCAGGCAAGCGUCGAUUUUGGAUCAUCGCUGUUGUCGUCAUGUCAGUCACUGGAGCCGCAACCGCCCUCGCAUCCAUCGCGUUACACUAUACGGAAAAAGGCCCUGACCAGUAUGGCUGCAAUCCUGACGUCCUCAGGAUGGGCGGGAAGCUCAACACGAACAUGUAUUGUACACGAGAGAUGGCAGCCUGCAAUUUCCUACCAAAGUAUCUCAAAACAAAGGACCGCGGCAAUGCUUCGGUAGCAUGCAACGAGACUCUUGUGGUCAAGUGGCUGCAGAUCAUCCUAAUCAUCAACGCGCUCAUUGUUCUUGCCAUGUUCAGCGUCCAGGCCCGAAUACGCCGGACAACGAGGGAGACGACCACCAAGGAACCUGUUCCUGAAGUGAUUUAA